AUGGAGCUAACACGUUCCAAACCCCAAGAUGAACUGAUGCAGGUUGGAGAAGAUAAACAAGUAAGCAAGGAUAAGAAGAAAAAGUUAAAUAAUACAGUGGAGACUAUGCCGUUUCAUAAGCUUCUGAGCUAUGCAGACGCAUUUGAUUGGACUCUAAUGGCAUUAGGGACGUUGGGUUCUGUUGUCCAUGGCAUGGCUCUCCCACUUGGUUAUCUUUUGCUUGGCAAAGCACUUGAUGCCUACGGUGACAAUAUCAAAAACACUGAUGGCAUGGUUGAUGCCCUCUACAAGGUUGUUCCUUAUGUAUGGUACAUGGCCUUUGCCACAUUCCCAGCUGGAGUACUUGAGAUUGGAUGCUGGAUGUAUGCAAGUGAAAGACAACUUGUACGUCUAAGAUUAGCAUAUCUAAGAUCAGUUCUUAGCCAGGAGAUUGGAGCGUUUGAUACUGAUUUAACAAGUGGGAAAAUCAUUAGUGGAGUCAGUAAUCACAUGAGUGUCAUACAAGAUGCUAUAGGAGAGAAGUUGGGCCACUUUAUGGCAAGCAUUUCAACUUUCUUUGCUGGGAUUGUGAUUGCUGCCAUAUGCUCUUGGGAAGUAGCUCUUCUUACUUUCUUGGUUGUUCCAGUGAUUCUUCUAAUUGGAGCAACUUACACCAAGAAAAUGAACACCAUUUCAGCUGCCAAAAUGCUCUACCAGUCAGAAGCUACAUUUAUUGUAGAGCAGCAGGCAAUUUCUCAAAUAAAAACAGUGUAUGCUUUUGUUGGAGAAAAUUCUGCAAUAAAGUCUUUCUCUCACUGCAUGGAGAAACAGUUUUCAUUAAGCAGAGUAGAGGCGCUAAUAAAAGGAGUUGGAACAGGAAUGUUCCAAACUGUGACUUUCUGUUCUUGGGCUAUAAUCAUAUGGGUUGGAGCUGUUUUAGUCACUGAGAAGAGGGCAAAAGGAGGAGAUACCUUAGCCGCGGUCAUGAGCAUUCUUUUUGGAGCUAUAGCACUCACCUAUGCUGCACCAGAUUUGCAAAUCUUCAAUCAGGCAAAAGCAGCUGGAAAUGAAGUUUUCAAAGUGAUUCAGAGGAAGCCAGUUAUAAGCUAUGAAGCUCAAGGCAAAACAAUUGAGAGAGUUGAAGGCAACAUUGAAAUACAAAACAUCUACUUUUCCUACCCAUCAAGGCCAGGAAAAGCAGUUCUUGAAAGCUUUUCGUUAUCGAUUCCAGCCGGAAAGACAGUAGCUUUGGUGGGUAGCAGUGGUUGUGGAAAGAGUACUAUAAUCUCACUAGUUGCCAGAUUCUAUGAUCCCUCAAAAGGGAAAAUUCUGAUAGAUAACCAUGACAUAAAGGAUUUGGAUUUGAAGUUCGUAAGGAAAAAUAUUGGAGCAGUUUCCCAAGAACCGUCACUUUUUUCAGGCACUAUUAAGGAUAAUUUGAAGGUAGGAAAUAUGGAUGCAGAUGACAAGCAGAUUCAGGAAGCAGCUGAGAUGGCAAAUGCAUAUACUUUUAUAUCACAACUUCCAGAUCAGUACUCAACAGAGGUAGGACAAAGGGGAGUCCAAUUGUCAGGAGGCCAAAAGCAGAGAAUAGCCAUAGCAAGAGCUAUUCUCAAAAACCCUCCAAUCCUAACUCUUGAUGAAGCUACAAGUGCACUUGAUUCAGAGUCAGAGAAGCUGGUUCAAAAUGCACUUGAGAAGGCCAUGCAGGGAAGAACAGUUAUUUUGAUUGCUCACAGGUUAUCAACCGUUAUCAAUGCAGAUAUGAUUGCAGUUGUUGAAAAUGGACAAGUUACACAGACUGGAACACACCACGACCUGCUCGAAACCAGCAUUUUCUACAAGAACUUGUUCAACAUGCAGAAUCUGAACCAAGUUAGUGAAACAAGAGUUUCAAAUCCAUCUGAAGAACCUGAAAAUAGCCAACAUGAGGUAUCAUCAGAGAAAGAUAUUGGACAAAGUAAGGAAAGCAUAGAUCCUGCAAAGACAAUCAUUACCAAGCAACCAAAGCAAGAGAAGCAGGAAAGGCAAAGGAAAACAGCUAUAUUGUUCAGAAUCUGGUUUGCCAUGAGAAAGAAGGAACUUGUAAAGAUUGCUUUUGGUUCAUUUGCAGCAGCUUUCUCUGGAAUCUCAAAGCCUUUUUUUGGGUAUUUCAUUAUCACAAUAGGAGUGGCAUAUUAUGGAAACAAUGCAAGGAGAGAGGUUGGAUUGUAUUCAAUUAUCUUUUCUAUGAUUGGAUUGCUCUCAUUAUUCUCUCACACUUUGCAACAUUACUUCUUUGGAGUGGUAGGAGAGAAGGCAAUGACUAACCUCAGAAGAGCACUAUAUUCAGGUGUACUAUGCAACGAGAUAGCAUGGUUUGAGAAACCAGAGAACAGAAUUGGAUUACUUACUUCUCGGAUCAUCAGUGACACAUCAAUGGUCAAGACAGUAAUUGCAGAUCGAAUGGCGGUAAUUGUACAAUGCAUCUCCUCCAUACUGAUUGCAACAAUUGUCAGCAUGGUUGUUAACUGGAGAAUGAGUCUGGUUGCGUGGGCUGUGAUGCCUUGCCACUUCAUUGGUGGUCUAAUUCAAGCUAAGUCUGCUAAAGGAUUUUCAGGCGACUCGGCUGCUUCCCAUUAUGAACUUGUUGCUCUUGUUUCUGAAUCUGCAACCAACAUAAGAACCAUUGCUUCUUUUUGCCAUGAAGAUCAUAUACUCAAGAAAGCCAAAAUAUCUCUGGAAAAACCGAAGAGGAAGAGCAGGAAGGAGAGUUUGAAGUAUGGAAUAAUUCAAGGAUUCUCCCUUCUUUUAUGGAACAUUGCACAUGCAGUUGCAUUGUGGUACACAACAGUUCUGAUUGACCGAAAGCAAGCAACUUUCAAAAAUGGCAUAAGAUCAUACCAGAUUUUCUCUCUCACAGUGCCUUCAAUCACAGAACUAUGGACACUGAUUCCUACUGUAAUUUCAGCCAUCAAUUUACUAACACCUGCAUUUCAAACCCUUGACCGGAAAACUGAGAUUGAACCAGACACACCAGCAGUUUCAGAUCCUGAGAGGAUCAAAGGGAGAAUUGAAUUUCAAAAUGUGAAAUUUAACUACCCACUAAGACCAGAAGUGACUGUUCUCAACAACUUCAGUCUACAAAUCGAAGCCGGGACAAAGAUGGCUUUUGUUGGACCAAGUGGGGCUGGAAAAUCUUCCGUCUUGGCCCUUUUGCUCAGAUUCUAUGAUCCUACUGAUGGAAAGAUACUUAUUGACAAGAAGGAGAUAAGGGAAUACAAUUUGAGAUGGUUAAGGACACAAAUAGGAUUGGUGCAACAAGAGCCACUUCUGUUUAGUUCCUCAAUAAGAGACAACAUUUGCUAUGGAAAUGAAGGGGCUUCAGAAACUGAGAUUGUGGAGGUAUCAAAAGAAGCAAACUUACAUGAAUUUAUAGGUAGUUUGCCUGAUGGAUAUGAUACAGUUGUUGGGGAAAAGGGUUGCCAAAUUUCAGGUGGACAAAAACAAAGAAUAGCCAUAGCUAGAACCCUCCUAAAGAGGCCAGCAAUUUUGCUUCUAGAUGAAGCAACAAGUGCUCUUGAUGCUGAGUCUGAGAAAACCAUAGUGAGUGCUUUGGAAGCAAUAAAUCUGAAUAGUAACAGUGACCUGCUGUCCAGAACAACACAGAUCACAGUUGCACAUAGGCUUUCUACAAUAAUAAACUCAGACACCAUUGUUGUGAUGGAGAAAGGUGAGAUUGUGGAAAUGGGUUCGCACUCAACCUUAAUAGCAUCAUCUGAGGGAGUUUAUUCAAGAUUGUUCCAGCUACAGAGCCUAUCAGAAAAAUGACAAAUUGUGUACAAGUUGGCUUCAAAUUAUGUACAUAAGGAAGGUACUUGCACGUUGCAACACCUGCACAUCUCUUGUAUUUUUAGGUCCUAAAAUAAUAGU